GAGUUGUGACGCAAGUCACGUGCUGCUUCCAGUCAGCUGAAGUCAGGAGGAAGUAGCUUCGAGCUAACGUGGCUAACUAGCCUGCUAACAACAACAUUAGUCUAGUUCUUUUUUAUUGACAUUAUUGACAGGAUUUUCACUCGUGAUUGUAGUUGUGGACAUAAGUUCGUGGCUGGACUUAAUGUUCCAGUUUGUGUGGAACGAGGCGCUGGGAUUUUCGCAACUUCCUAGCUAGGGAGCUAGCAGUUGUUUUGAUUUUGCACAUAGUUUGACUCUCAAAAGAAAUUCUGCCUUGUUGUUUUGUCUUUUUUAGCGUGCGUUGUGAACAUUCAAAAACGACUCCGGUGUGUUCGUGAAGGCUAAACUACCCAGGUUGGUUCAUGAAGGCUCCGCCACCACUACCACCGUGACCAGCGGCCACUCAGUGGAGCACUCGGCCAUCGAACCUCGCCUUAAUUCCGGCUUGGAACCACCGGGGCGACCCGCUGUGAGUCAAGAUGCACGACGCCUACGAGCCGGUGCCGAUUUUGGAGAAGCUCCCUCUCCAGAUUGACUGUAUGGCGGCCUGGGAGGACUGGCUGCUUGUCGGUACCAAGCCUGGACAUCUCCUUUUGUACCGGAUUAAAAAGGAUCCAGCCACCAAUCUCUUCGAAGUCACGCUUGAGAAAUCCAACAAAAACUUUUCCAAGAAGAUCCAGCAGCUCUACGUCGUCUCACAGUACAAAAUACUUGUCAGUCUUCUGGAGAACAACAUCCACGUCCACGACCUGCUGACGUUCCAGCAGAUCACCGUGGUGUCCAAAGCCAAGGGAGCCACGCUCUUUGUAUGCGACCUCCAGCAAAGUAGCUCGGGAGAAGAGACGCUGAGAAUGUGUGUUGCUGUGAAGAAGAAGCUGCAGAUGUACUACUGGAAGGAUCGAGAGUUCCAUGAGCUGCAGGGUGAGUUUGGUGCUCCGGAUAUUCCAAAGUCUAUGGCCUGGUGCGAGAACUCCAUCUGUGUCGGCUUCAAAAGAGACUAUUACCUCAUUCGGAUGGACGGACGGGGGACCAUUAAGGAGCUCUUUCCUACUGGCAAACAGCUGGAGCCGCUGGUCACCCCGCUGGCCGACGGCAAGGUCGCCGUUGGGCAGGACCACCUCACCGUCGUGCUCAACGAGGAGGGCAUUUGCACCCAGAAGUGCGCCCUGAAUUGGACCGAUAUCCCCAUAGCGAUGGAGCACCAGCCUCCGUACAUCAUCGCGGUGCUGCCCCGCUAUGUGGAAAUCCGGACCUUGGAGCCCCGGCUGCUGGUGCAGAGCGUUGAGCUGCAGAGACCUCGUUUCAUCACGUCCGCUGGACCAGACGUUGUGUACGUGGCUAGCAACCAUUUUGUGUGGCGCCUGGUGCCCGUCUCCAUCGCCACCCAGAUCCGGCAGCUGCUCGAGGACAAGCAGUUUGAACUGGCCCUUCAGCUGGCAAAGAUGAAAGACGACUCGGACGGUGACAAGAAACAGCAGAUCCAUCACAUCCAAAACUUGUACGCCUUCAAUCUGUUUUGCCAGAAGCGAUUUGACGACUCCAUGCAGGUUUUUGCCAAACUGGGCACAGAUCCCACUCAUGUGAUCGGCCUGUACCCCGACCUGCUGCCAUCCGAUUACCGCAGGCAGCUGCACUACCCCAAUCCUCUGCCGGCGCUGUCCGGGGUGGAGCUGGAAAAGGCUCACCUGGCACUCAUCGAUUACCUCACCCAGAAACGCAGCCACCUGGUGAAACAGCUCAACGACUCGGACCCGUCCACCACUUCGCCGCUCAUGGAGGGCACGCCCACCAUCAAAAGCCGCAAGAAGCUGCUGCAGAUCAUCGACACCACACUGCUGAAGUGCUACCUGCACACCAACGUGGCCUUGGUUUCGCCCCUCCUGCGCUUGGAGAACAACCACUGCCACAUCGAAGAGAGCGAGUACGUCCUCAAGAAGGCGCAUAAAUACAGCGAGCUCAUCAUUCUUUACGAGAAGAAAGGCCUGCACCAGAAAGCUCUGCAGGUUCUUCUGGACCAGUCCACCAAGGCCAACUCGCCUCUGAAGGGCCACGAGCGCACCGUGCAGUACCUCCAGAGGCUGGGAGUUGAAAAUCUGGGCAUGAUCUUUGAGUUCUCCCCAUGGGUGCUGAAGAUCUGUCCUGAAGAUGGACUGAAGAUUUUCACGGAGGACCUGACCGAGGUGGAGACGUUGCCGCGAGACAAGGUGCUCAACUUCCUGAAGGAGGGCUUCAAGGAACUGGCCAUCCCAUACUUGGAACACAUCAUCUACGUGUGGGACGACAAGGGCCCCGAGUUUCACAACACCCUCAUUCAGCUCUACCUGGAGAGGGUCCAAGGCCUGAUGAAGCAGUACCUCAACUCGCUGCCGGAAGGAGUUGCGGCUGUGCCGGUGGGGAUGGAACAAGGCGAGCUAGGAGAGUUUCGAAACAAGCUGCUGUCAUUUCUGGAUAUUUCCAGCAGUUACGAGCCGGCGCAACUCAUCAGCGACUUCCCCUUUGACGGUCUCCUGGAGGAACGAGCCCUGCUCCUGGGUCGCAUGGGAAAGCACGAGCAGGCGCUCUUCAUCUAUGUGCACAUCCUGAAGGACACUCGCAUGGCUGAGGAAUACUGUCACAGCCAUUACAGCAGCUCCGUGGAAGCCGAUAAAGACGUGUAUCUGUCCCUGCUGAGGAUGUACCUGUCCCCUCCGGACGCGCACUGCCUGGGGCCCAUCAAGAUGGAGCUGUCGGAACCACAGGCCAACCUCCAGGCCGCUCUGCAGGUCCUGGAGCUGCACCACAGCAAGUUGAACACCACCAAGGCCAUCAACUUGCUGCCAGCCAACACUCAGAUCCGCGAGAUUCGAGGCUUCUUGGAGAGUGUGCUUGAGGAGAAGGCUCAGAGGAAACGCUGCAACCAGGUGCUCAAGAGUCUCCUGCAGGCGGAGUUCCUCAGGGUGCAGGAAGAGCGCAUCUUCCACCAGCAAAUCAAAUGUGUCAUCACGGAGGAGAAGACGUGCAGAGUGUGCAAGAAGAAGAUAGGAACCAGUGCGUUUGCCAGAUAUCCCAACGGCGUGGUGGUGCACUACUUCUGCUGCAAAGACCGCAACGCAUGUCCCACCGAGUAACAUCCCAACACGUCCUCCUGUUUCACGAAAAACGAAGAAAUGAAAUAAAAAUUCAAUCCCCCAUCGCCACCCACCUGUGGAAACGCUCCUGGAAUUUCACGAGAAAUGUUCUCAAACCCUCAGAUGUUUUUUGGGGAGAACAUGGUGGCCUUUCCCUGCUGCCCCUCUCUUUUUUGUGGACAUUUGUAGCCGUACAACAAAAGGAAGAGUGAAAAUUGUGACUUAAACAGGACGCCACGGACAUGAUCGAGGACACUUGACUGUUAACAUCUUUUUCGGACUCAAGAUUGUACGCAAGGCGGUUUAUUGUCUGCUAGCAUGAAGAAUCGUGUUUUAAUUUUUUGGACCUGCUAAGAUAUUCAGCUUCAAUCACAACUGUACAUUUUUUACCCCUGUAAAGUGUUUGAAGGAAACCCAACGGCGGGAUCACUCUAGUGCAAUACUUUGAAGGGUGGACAAAGUUUAUUUAUUGCUUGGAGAGAGGUACUUGGAAUUUGAGUUACAAAUGUUUAAUUUUUGCAUUUCAGUGUGAUUGUUUAUUUAAAACAAACAAACAAAAACACACUGAUACUAAAACAAAACAAGCACUGAAUGUUUCAUUGAAUUGUCUGAACUGCCAUCGCCGCAUCCGACACGCCUACGGUAAAUGUUUGCACACGCACGUCCUGCUCCACUUUUGUAACUUCUUUUCAAAUGUGUUUGUCUGCCUUUAAUUCCUAAUAAAACAUUUUGCAGCAGGAUGCAGGAUGUUUGACUGUUAUCCUCCAGACUCAAUAAAGUAACAGAGCAAACCGA